AUGUUCAUUGCUUUCUUGGCAUGCAGCAGCUUGGACUGCUACGAGGCCGAGGCACGACCAUUGGCCUCAAUCUCAACCCUUAUGGCUCGCUUAAAAUUGGAAGGAGAGUCACCAAAUUGCUGGGACUCUUUGGUGCAACUACAAGCAUGUUCUGGGGAGAUUAUUCUUUUCUUCCUUAAUGAGGGCCAAAUUCUUGAAGGCUACUGCGAGCAAGCUGCCGAUUCCACUACUCCAUCACCAUCAGCACCAUCUGUAGUGCCUCUUAAGGUUGUUCCAAACCAGACUUUGGUUCCCUGA